GGGCUCCCGCUCCGCUCCGGGUCCGCCCGGGCUGCAGCGGUCGUGCCGCUGGCCCCGUUCGGCUCGGAUUCCGGCCCGAGCCCCCUCGGCGCCGCCAGCCCCGGCCCCGUCCCGGGUCUCGGCGCCCGCGGACCAUGCGCCGGGCACCCCCCGGGGAAGCCGGCCGGGCCGAGAGCCCGCAGACACCAGGCUCCCGGGCCGGGGCCCCUCCCGGCCGCCCGGCCGGCGGUCCGCGCCCUGCCCCGCGCCCCGGCGCCGCCUGAGCCGGCGGGUCAUGGAGCGCACGCCGCCCGACGGGCCGCUGAACGCGUCGGGGGCGCUGGCGGGCGAGGCGGCGGCUGCGGGCGGGGCGCGCGGCUUCUCCGCCGCCUGGACCGCGGUGCUGGCCGCGCUCAUGGCGCUGCUUAUCGUGGCCACGGUGCUCGGCAACGCGCUGGUCAUGCUCGCCUUCGUGGCCGACUCGAGCCUCCGCACCCAGAACAACUUCUUUCUGCUCAACCUCGCCAUCUCCGACUUCCUCGUGGGGGCCUUCUGCAUCCCACUAUAUGUGCCCUAUGUGCUGACUGGCCGCUGGCCCUUUAGCCGUGGUCUCUGCAAGCUGUGGCUGGUGGUGGACUACCUACUCUGCACCUCGUCCGUUUUCAACAUCGUGCUCAUCAGCUAUGACCGCUUCCUGUCAGUCACCCGCGCUGUCACCUACCGGGCCCAGCAGGGCGACACGCGGCGGGCGGUGCAGAAGAUGGCGAUGGUGUGGGUGCUGGCCUUCCUCCUGUACGGGCCGGCCAUCCUGAGCUGGGAGUACCUGUCCGGCGGCAGCUCCAUCCCGGAGGGCCACUGCUACGCCGAGUUCUUCUACAACUGGUACUUCCUCAUCACGGCCUCCACACUCGAGUUCUUCACGCCCUUCCUCAGCGUCACCUUCUUCAACCUCAGCAUCUACCUGAACAUCCAGAGGCGCACCCGCGUCCGGCUGGACGGGGCGCGGGACCCCGAGCCCCCGCCGGAGGCCCAGCCCUCCCCGCCGCCCGCCGCGCCCGGCUGCUGGGGCUGCUGGCACAAGGGGCGCGGGGAGGCCGUGCCGCUGCACAGGUACGGGGUUGGGGUGGGCGAGGCGGCCCCGGGCGCCGAGGCGGGGGAGGCGGCCCCCGGGGGCGGCAGCGGUGGGGGCGCCGCGGCCUCACCCACCUCCAGCUCCGGCAGCUCCUCGCGGGGCACCGAGCGGCCUCGCUCGCUCAAGCGGGGCUCCAAGCCCUCGGCGUCCUCCGCGUCGCUGGAGAAGCGCAUGAAGAUGGCGUCCCAGAGCAUCACCCAGCGCUUCCGGCUGUCCCGGGACAAGAAGGUGGCCAAGUCGCUGGCCGUCAUCGUGAGCAUCUUCGGGCUCUGCUGGGCCCCGUACACACUCUUGAUGAUCAUCCGGGCCGCCUGCCACGGCCACUGCGUCCCUGACUACUGGUACGAGACGUCCUUCUGGCUGCUGUGGGCCAACUCGGCCGUCAACCCCGUCCUGUACCCGCUGUGCCACUACAGCUUCCGCCGAGCCUUCACCAAGCUGCUCUGCCCCCAGAAGCUCAAGAUCCAGCCGCACAGCUCCCUGGAGCACUGCUGGAAGUGAGCCGGCCCUGGGCGGGCACCCGGGGUGCCGGGGGGUGGGGGUGGGGGGGCCUCCCACCGCCGCCCCCGCCAGGCUCCGGUUUCCUGGGCAGCCGGCCACACCGCCCCCGACCUGGCCGCCCCCGGGCGUGAGCCACGCCUCGUCUCCAGCCCGCCCUAAAUGCCACGGCAGAAUCUCUCAGACCGUCCGCCUGCCGCGGGGGCAGCUCGCUGGGCCAGCCAGAGCGGCCCCUACUGCCUGAACCGGAGCCCACCCCGCCGCUCAAACCCUAGCUUCACCCUGGGAGGAACAAUCCCAGCCACGCCGCCCGCGCCCCACAGACGGUCCGGUGGCCGGUGGUGUCCACCCUUUUGCACAAGUGCUGCUUGGUGUCCUUCCCAAAGCGAGUGAUCGGCGUGCGCUCCGGGCCUCGUGAGCAGUCUGCCGCUGCACGUGCACACACCUGCGCACACCUGCACACGCCCCGCCCCCCCGCCCUCCCCACAAGCCAGGGCCAUGGGCUCUGCUGCUGUCUGUCCCCUGCUUGAGCCCAGGCCCCGGCCCCCUCCAAGUCCCUACGCCCCCAAAGUGCCAAGUGCCCCCCAGGAACCCGCGGCCGUCCUCUGCCCUUCCGUUCUGGGUGUUUCAGGAAGACGAAGAAGAAAACACGUCCGUGAACUCCAUGUUCCUUGGCUGUUUAAUCAAGAGAGACAAAAUUGCUGAGGAGCUCAGGGCUGGAUUGGCAGGUGUGGGCUCCCACGCCCUCCUUCCUCGCGCUGCUGCUUCCGGCUGAGCUGCGCCAGCUGCUUCUGCCCACCCCGCCCCCGGGCUCGGGGUGCUGGGCCCUGCCUGGCGGCUCCGAGCGCGGCCGGGGCCCCGGACGCCUGCUCGUCGGGAAGGCCGCCUCUCUUGCUUCAUCCGCUCCGGCCGAGGGGUGGGAGGGGGCCCCCGGGGCUCGCAGGGGCAGCCCCAGGACACCGGGGCCGUCGGCCACGUCCCGUGCACCCCGUCGGCGCUGUGCAUGCCCCGCUCCCCGCCUGCCCGCUGCCCUGCAGACUUCGAGGUCCACAGUAAAGUGUAUUUUUUUAUUGGU